CGUAGUUUCUUGUGAAAGGUUUUCUCGGUUGUUGUGUGACGAAUAUUUAUAUCAUAAUGCCUCCUAAAAGGCGUGAUAAGGAAAGCGAUUCCUCUAAAAAUUCCAGGGCAGACCUCGUGCAAGCUGAUCAUGAGUUAUUUCUUCAGGCGUUCGAAAAACCUACUCAGAUAUACAGAUUCUUACGAUCUCGCAAUGUACUAAGCCCGAUUUUUCUGAAUCGCACCUUAACCUACAUGAAGAAUCGUAUGUCCCGAUCCAACAAGUCGAGAAAGAAUUUCCGUAUCGACUCCAUUUUAGAAAGAGUGCAGCGAUCACAAGGCAACAGUAGCAGCCAGCUUCUAGCUGGGUAUAUGACACUCACCUUUCUGGGUUUCUAUGACAAAAAAGGUGAAAGUCAACCAGACCCUGUUCAAGUGGAAACUUUGCUUUUGAAGAUCUGCCACAAAAAAAGAAAAGACGUAUCAUGUCCAGUUCAAACGAAAUCGUUGGGGACUUGCUACGUAGCGUAUAACCCAUCAGAAGACAAUCCUCCACCCAAGGUGCCAGCCUUGUCUAUUCCUACAGAGUGCUUCAGCCUCACUGAGGGCAAUCAGGCCAAGUCUUACCAUCUCCUGCUGCGAGUCGGUAAUGCUGCUGCUGGGAACAUGACCAAUGGCGACAUUGAUUCUGAACCUCCUCACAAGAGACGUAAGUCUCUGAAGGCUGAGGGAGAGGAAGACAACCAGUGGCACCAGUACGGCACCGACCUUAUCAUCUAUGACAAGCAGAACAGGUGUUUGCUGUCAGAUGGGCAUUACGAACUGCUGUUGGAACCUAUGACUCCGGGCAGUAAAACAUCCAUUGCCCUCUCAUCCUGGGAGUACAUCGGCCACAUCAAAGAGGAGCAAAUAGAGAACCAAUUGUCCACAUCAUUUGAACAGUUCAGCACAGGUCCCACUAUCAAGUUUUUUCUGAGAUGGUCGAGAGAGCCUGUGACGACUCUCGUAGACCGACCGAAGCCAAUCAGUGUGAAGCAGGUGGAGGCGGAGGCAGCAGACAACAAAGAAGCUAGCAAGGAGGUUGACAGGCCAGACAAGAAACUGCAGAUAGUGUACCAGUUCCUGUACAACAACAACAGCAGACAACAGACGGAGGCGUGUGAGGAUCUUCACUGUCCGUGGUGUUCACUGGACUGUGACUCUCUCUAUUGUCUACUCAAACAUCUCAAGCUCUGUCACUCUAGGUUCACCUUCACAUAUGUUCCUAUCCCUGGAGGUGCCCGGAUAGACGUGGCUAUCAAUGAGUAUUACGAUGGCUCCUACUCAGGCUGUCCACAAGACCUGAUCUCACAGCCGCCAGGUGGCGCCUUCUCUCGCAACGGACCCGUCCGCCGCACCUGUGUGUCCAACAUCCUCGUGUGUUACCCCAAGCGACCUCACCCAUCACUCUCGGAGUUCCUGGAACUUGACGAGAAUGAGUUUGACGGACAGAGGCCUUACAUUACUGGACACAACAGGUUAUAUCAUCACACAACAACAUGUCUACCAAUAUAUCCCAAAGAAAUGGAUGUUGACAGUGAAGAUGAAAAUGAUCCUAAAUGGCUGCAAACCAAAACUAUGAUGAUGAUAGAUGAAUUCACAGAUGUGAACGAAGGAGAGAAAGAACUCAUGAAGAUGUGGAACCUUCAUGUAAUGAGGCAUGGUUACGUGGGAGACUGCCAGAUCCCGUUGGCGUGCAACAUGUACCUACAGGCCAAGGGGAGGGAGCUGUUGAAGAAGAACCUGUAUCGCAACUUUGUGCUACACAUGUGCAACCUCUUCGACUUUGGUCUCGUCAGUCCUGUGACAGUCUACACGACUAUCCAGAAACUGCAGGAGCUGGUGGAAGAGGAUGGCGAUGAGAGCAAGGUGUUGCAACAGUCUUGCCAGGCGCAACGGCAGCACUGGGUGACGGAGGGAGCUAUCAGAGCGCAGGAGACACGGAGAAUCAACAGUCCGGCCGCACAGAACCCCACAGAGCGGCGCAAACCGUCCUCCGUCCAGCCCAAGGCAGAGAAGCGGCCUGUGACUCAGGAUGUGAGCAAGAAACGAACAAGUGAAGGCCCUGCCUCCCCCUCCCCCGCCCCUCCUGCCAAGAAGAAGCUCAACAUCGGCUUAGUAAAACCUAAUGUGCCUGUGGAAAGCGGGAAAGAGAAAAAGAAACCAGAGAAGAAUCCUGGCUUAGAAAAACCAGGCGAGAAAGAUAAGGACAAGAACGAUAGUGCUAAGAGGAAAAUUGCCUCGAACGGUGUUCCUGUAAGUAUACCUAGACCACAACCUAUGCCUGCAAACAAAGAUAAGGAGUCAGCUGCCAUCAAAUUGAGAAGGAAGUCAUCCAAUCCAGUGGAAUCAAGCAACCCAGUUGUGUUGUUGAGGCGGAAAUCAUUUGCUGGCGCAACCGACGCUCUCAGGAAAAAGACUUUGGAAAACGGCACGUCCAGUACAGUAGUAAAUGCGACCAAGGGUGGUGGCAGCUAGUCAAUGAUUUUAUAUGCUUAGUUCACAGCUCUGCUCUCAGUACAAUCUCAGUGUCUUGAAUUCAUAUACCAUAACUUCAUCUCAGGAUUCACUUAGCUUAGAUAGGAAAAGGUAUGCGGUAUUUACUAAAUAGGCCUACUUAAAACAUAUUUUUUAAGUAUUGUGAGUAUUUCAGGAUACAAGGCAAGUAAAUAUGUUUCGUUUUUUUGUGAUGGUAGCAGGUUUACCUUAAUGGGAAAGUGUCCACUCUUGCUCAGUGGAAAUUAUUUCUUGUGACAGAGAGAACUCUCCCAUUUUAGCAUGUUAUCCUCACAAAAAUCCUUAAAACACAGUCCAUUGUGCUGUUUAAAAUUUUCAACUUUAAAAUAUUUGUACUACAGUAUACAAGAUAUUAAAGGACUAAAUCUUUUUGAAAAUCAUAAAAACCCACCGCUAUUUUUAGUGCAACCGCUGUGUAAAAACACCGGUUUUACUCAUAAUUUCAUUCAUGAUAAAUUUUUAUAAUCAAUAUUUAUAAUAAUAAUAGGCCUAUGGUCUAAAAUUUUACAUAAGUAGAAGACCAGUGCAUAUUUUUUAGCUGUCUAAUUUUCUUUGAAAACUCCUCCUUGUUUGUAAAGUCCCAAACAUUUAUUGCUACAAUUUUAAAAGGUGUAAUUUUUUAGAAAGAAAAAAACUUGUUUGUGAACCACUCCUAAAAGUUUGCCAUGUCCGAGAAUAGAUCAGCAUUUAAGUAGGUUGAAUUCUGUUAACGUGGUUAAAGCUAGGUCGAGUAGGAGUAGGAUAUUUCCCUUAGUUCCCUAAGUUAGGGGGGGGGGAGGAGGUUUGAGGCUAAGUCUCCGUCAAUAGGAAUUGACUUUAAAUUUGUGUUAAGGACCAUUCUAAAAACCCUCGACGACAAACUUUUACAUAGUGCCCCUAAGUAUUUAGUUGGUGCUCUAUAAACACCUAAGUACUAAAUUUUCUUCAAGCUCAAAGUCCCUGUACUUUACCUCUGGAAUAGUCUUAACAGUGUAUUUUACACUGAUCUUUUGAUCCAUAAAUGAGCUGCAUAAUUGAGCAUAUUCUUGGAACAGAAACAAAUUGUUCUAUUGUUUAAAUCGUUACACUUGUUUUUAUGUGUUACUCGAAACUUACUCUAGUUCUUUUUUUUUAUUAAUUACUAGACUUAGUUACUAUAAGAUGAUUUAUUUGACUGUAUUGACUAAUCUGGGGUAAUGUACCAUUUAUUGGUUUAAGAUUUGUUUCAGCUUUUGUGUAAUAAGACCAAUGACCAUGUCUUCAUUUCUUUUGUAGUGGGCUGUGCAUAUUUCAUAAAUUUGUGUUUGUAUGACCCCGUUUAUAGUUACCCAAAAAUUUAAUUGCCAAAGUGAAAAAUGUUUUGUCUGGUAAUUUAUUUUUUUUUUUUUUUUAUUAUCUCCUACAAUGUAUGUUUAGAGUUUCUAUUUUGUAUCUUAGAUUUAAUUAUUCUUUUUAGAACCAAGCUGUAUUUUUUGUUCACUUGUUUCAUUGAUUCUAAGUAAGCAAAUUAUUACGUGUUCAGUUUUGGUAGUAGGUGUUUAGUACAUGAGUUAUCGGUUUUAUACAUUGCAAUCAUUUCAGCAUAGCUUAUCUUUUUACAGUUUAUUUAUUUUCAAGCGUUUUUAUAAUUAAUAAACUAGUGUAGCUAAUAUAAAAAAAUUAUUAAAACAAAAAAAAAGUUAUACACUUUUGUUGUGUUAAGUGAUUCUAAGAGACUGGACUAUAUCACUGCCAUAAUGAAUAAUAUCCCUUCUUCGACCAUUAAUUUUAUUUUUACUAAUGUUGUUGACGAUAUUAAAAUAAUCUUUUAGGCUACUUGAUCGAAUGUGUCUAAUGAAUGUAUGUAAUUGUCUAAGAAACCGUAUGGAUGAAUAUGAAAAAUAUAUAAGUGGGGUUUUUUAUCAAAUUACAUUCAAACCCGUAAAGAUAAUUAGAACCUACUGAAAGAUUUAGUGUCUUGUGUUUGUUUCAAAAACAUCUAAGAUAGUCUGUUUAUUGAUUACUAUGUUCAUUCAUUAAAUAUUUAUUCUUCAUUUUCUAUUGAGCUUAUAGAUAAGUACGAGACUACAAAAUAUUUUUUGAAAUAAUUUUGUCCCCUUGUAUUGUUAACAAUUAAUUAGAGGAUGUUAAAAAUAUGAUCUGUAAACUUACAAUGUUUUGAGUAGAACAUGUGUUAAGGAGUGGAUAUAGCUAAAUGUUAUUGUGGCUAAAAUGCAUUUGCCUAAUGUUGUUCACUAUGUGUUAGGAUGUGUGAAGUGCCUUUAUCAUAAAUUACUGUUUUCCUAGCUAUUGUUUGUUUGCUGAUUGGGUCUCCCCCUUAGGCAAUUAUUGUGUAAAUAUGUCAUUGUCGAAGAUUUUAUAGUUUUUACAUUCAGAUUUUGAUUGCCAUACCCUGUAUGUAUGUUGACUUUUAUAUACAUGUUUUCAAAGUGUUUGGGCAUUUAAAAAGUGUGAUUUUUACGUUAAAAAAGCAAUGAUAUUUAAUUUUCUCUAAUGUUAGUGAAAUCUUCUAAAAAAUUAAGGAAUAUUCGUGAUCUCAAGCGACUUAAUUUGAGUUAAUCCAAAGUUAACUUCAGUUUUCUGUAGUUGUAAAUAAUUAUGUGUUGCAUUUGUUAAAAUAUCCUAAAUGGUUUAAAGUGUUUUAUUGUUUUUUAAUAUAACUGUUGGCUGAUUUCGGCACAUCUCUCUCAACUAUUGUUAACAACUUGUACUAAGAACAACAUUUCAGAUUCAUUAAGUCAUUCUUGCUAUAUAUUCUCAACUGUGAGUUGUAAAAUGUCAGUUUACAUUAUUUGCUGUAGAUUUAUAUUUUUGUAAGAGCAAUAAUCAAGUGUAUUAUCUUCUAUUUGUCAUGAAAUAGUUCAUAAACAUACUCUUUUCCACCCAAGUAUUUUUCUGUACAAACUUAAUGCACAUAAACUGGUGUAUAGGCUACUGUAGUGGUGAGUGCUUAUUGUAGUAUCUUUACAUAU